AGGCUUUAUCGGCUCGCAAAGGGUUGUGGGCACAUGGUUUGGCAUGGUGGUCCGGUGGCCAUUGCCAUGGGUAAUGCGCCGAUGCGUCCCUUCCAUGAUCUGUGGGGCUGACUUUUUGAACUUGUUUGCCCAUAGCACCACCAAGUACAUUAAUAUCAGAGAGACGCGAUUCGGUUUGCCUCACUAUGGCUUGAUGUUUCUGAUUGCGAUGUACCUUUUGGUGUACCAGCUGAUUGGGAAGUUAGGCUACUUGAAGUUCAACGAUGUCGAAUCUACGGCGUCAAUUGCGAAAAGACCCUUACUGCCGACGGGUUGCAAUCCCGACACUGGCUGCCAUCAGGACAACUUCGCCUCCUUGAGCCAGUUGUGCCAUCACCGCAGCUUUAGCGACAACUGUACGGAUUCCUCGCGAGAGAGCUCCGGUGCCUUCAUUCCUGAGAUUCUGUCCGACAUCGAGCACCAGUCGUUGAGCAUAUGCUUCAAUUCUUAUUACUCUGCAGCCAGCAACUGCGAUGACCAUUCGGUGACAUCCCCAAAGUCCGGGCUCGCCACGACCUCCCAAAUGCAGGGGAUGCUCUUUGACAAUGGGAAUGAUGGAGACAAGGAGGGUGGGAGCAGCACAGAUAAUUCCCCCUGCUCUGUGCUGCCGAACGAAGAUGGCUUGGAUUACUUCAGCAUGGGCACCGUGUUGCAGGACAUCCGUGCGCUGAUCAGUUUUGGCUUGGGCGCCCUGCUAUGUGGCUGGGCUCGCUUGCAGGAGCUGAACAGCCGGGACCACAUCGAUCCCCUAGAGCGCGUCCAGCUCUUUGUGUACAUGAUGUGACCAAAUCAUCAAACCAGGAACAAGCCAAAAGCCCACGGGCCGCGCGCUUCAUGAUUUUCCACCUGAAGUGCCCCGAACUUAGUUCAAGGUGUUUAAGCAAUACGCUUCAGUGUUUGACACAGUUUUUCAUCUAAGACGGGUUCAUGCGGAUGAGCACAGUAAAACAUGCGCUUAGGUGCCCAAGUUGGCCGGACAUUUUCUUGUUGCAGCUCAUGUUCAGACAUGCGACAUGACAAGUGUCACAAGUGUUGGAUGGUUCUGCCGACUUUCAAAACAUCGCAGAUUGAUUUUUAGGCCAAAGCAGCAUCAAUUGCGGCUGCACGUGGCUGUUUUUGUGGGAGGCGAAAAGUCCAUCAGUCCGACGUCCCUUUGAUCAGGAGCGUUGCCAGUGACGCCAGUGGAAUAUUUGAAUCUUUUUUUUUUUCUUAGUUUGAUCGGUGGAAACCGUGUCCAGAAAUGGCAAAUUGCAAAGCGCUGUGCAUCAAAUGCAGUAUCUUGUGAGGUG